UCUAUAAGCAUACACAUCGCAUCAGUUUCACAAAAUUUAUAUUUUAAAGAAUGAAAUUUCUUGGCGCGUUGUGUUUGGCGCUUUGCCUAUUCGUCGUUGCGUGUCAUGGCGUGCCGGUGGAGAGGGAAACAUUGCUGAGUAUUGAAAAGGCGCAGCCAGUGGCAGUGCCUCAACAGCUGCGUCGUGUGGCACGGCAUGGUUUCGGCGGUGGCUUCGGCGGUCCCGGCUUUGGUGGAUAUGGCGGUUACCCAAUUGGUGGAUAUGGUGGCUAUGGCGGUUACCCAAUUGGUGGAUAUGGUGGCUAUGGUGGUUACCCAAUUGGUGGCUUCAGUGGAAGUUCGAGCAGUGCUUCUGCAAGUUCUAGUUCGGGUAGUUACCCAUUAUAUGGUUAAGCCGUCGCAUUUGAUGUGUCAACGUUCUAAGUGUUAAUUAAGUUAAUGUAUUUUAAUUAAGAUUCGAGAAACAUAAUAUAAUGUAUUAAAUGUGUAACAAUUUGUGUAUAAGUACUAAAUA